UGACAUAAGCUCGUCUGAUACUUUGAUAGUGGAAAUGUGACAAUAAUUUAUCCGCAAAAAUAAAGUGAUUUUGGAGUACCAAAUUGUAGCAUUUGUAGUUUGGAACAUAAUAUAUGCUAAUUCAUUGCUCUAAGAAACGGCAUUGACAAACACGACCCGGAAAUCUUGCAUAUUCCGAAUAAGCAAUUUGGUCACGUAUUUUCGACGAUUCUACAGAUACGUGCCGCACUCAUACAAGUCUGAAUCGUGCGUCAACAUGGUUUGUGUGCCUUGCUUCAUUAUCCCCCUGCUGCUGUUCAUCUGGCACAGAUUUAUCCAGCCAUACGUGCUUCGUUUCUGGAAUCCUUGGGCAGUUAAGGACGCGGACGGAAACGUAGUGAAGACGGAAGCCCCCUUCAGUUGUGAAGGAGGAGUUUGUAUGUUUGGAAAGAAGAAGUCGGAGAACAAAGCAGAUGAAGAUAAGGGCAGUGAAGUGUCAAAAGACAACAAAGAAAAGUGCAAUGAGCGACUAAAAGCAGAAUAGUUUGUUGUUUCCAUUGUUUCUUAAUUGUGUUGUUAGAGCAAGUGUAUUUACCUUGUAACUGUACAUACUGUACAUUUGUUUUUUUUUUUGGCGUAAAUGUGUUUCUUUGUUUUUAAUACUUGCACUUGUAGUAUUCAAUUCAUUUAUUUAGGAAUGUAAAAAAAAUCUAAAUUAUUUUGUUGUGUUAUUGGACAUGUCAGCUAGAUUAAUUUUAUAGCAUGUUGAGUAUUAAAGUGAUUUAAUAUAACCUUGUAAGGCCCACAAUACAAAAUAUUCCUCAUUUUAAUUCUCACCUUGUAUAAUUAAAUUGGGAUGCAUUUCAUUUGUUUGCAAAAGCUAUGAACCAAAAGAAAUGCUACUUUAUUUGGUUUGAGAAGGGUUUAAAUUAGAUUGCAAUGAAUAUGUUUUUUGACUUGUUUUUGUACCAUAUAUAUGAAUAAAUUUCUCAUAAACAGUAAAAAAAAAAAAUGAAUAUGUAAUGAACAUGAGUCUUACAAGGAUAAUUAUUGUGACCACUGCACAUUGCUACAGAAAGCAUUCCUGUAUAUUUAAUUGUCAAUUUCACCAAUUUUUGUAUGCACCCAGUCUCAAUAGGAUAAUUUUGGGUUGCUUUUGUUACUUGUGUAAUCAAAAUGUAUGAGUAAUUUUUUAUUCCAUACACUCAUUUGAGCUGUAGAAAAGAGUGAUUUCCCAUAGCAUAAGUAGCAAGCAUUUCUUGUUAACUAAUACACCACAUGGGAAGCUAGAUAUGGGAUUUUAUUGUUCAUUUCGAUGUUUUGUUUAGCAAAUUUAAAUAUUAGGUAAAAAAAAUAGUUACAUGAAACUACUGGGAUGCAUUCCAUAAAUUAUAAUAUGACUAUAAUAUAUUAUACUGUUACUGUCUUGACUAUUAUUAUUAUUAUAUAAUUAUAUGUGAAUGCACAGGCAGCUUAAAGCUGAUACGUGCACAUCAAUGUCCACUUGUGUUUUGACUAUUGUGAAAUAAAACAAUGGUACUGGAA